CCAUCACUCUCUCCCCUCCACAAAGCCGUCAGUCACUGAGUCAACGGUGGUGGAGCAGAGCGGAUCCAGCUUUGGAACCAGAACCAUGGAGUCUGCGGUGGCGAGCGCCUUCCUGAAGAGCGUGAUGGGGCGGCUGUUCCAGGUGCUGGAGAAGGAGUACAACAAGCAGAAGGGCCUCAGGCAGGACACUCUCUCCAUCCAGCAGGACGUCCGCAUGAUCGCCGCCGCCAUGGACGACCGCCUCCACGCCCUGGGUCGUGGCGAGCGCCGCACCGCCGUCGCCAGGCUCUACAGCGAGGAGAUGCUCGGCCUGGCGCACGACGCCCAGGACUGCAUCGACCGCAUCGUCCACCGCCUCACCUGCAGGCCCCGCGUUGGCGGCGGCGGAGGCGGAGGAGGAGCGGCGCUGAUCCGCCGGGUCGCCGCCGUCGCCCACGAGCUGAGGAAGGUCCAGAGCCGCUCGGGCUUCGCCGACGAGAUCCGCAAGCUCAAGGCCCGCCUCAAGCUGGCGCACGAGCGCGUCGUCGGCAUCCCCAUCACCGCCGCCAGCUGCUGCCACGAAAUUGCCGCGGCGGCGCCCUCGUGUCGCUUCGCGCGCAAUCCGGUGGGCAUCGAGAGGCCCGUGGAGGAGCUCCUGUCGAUGCUGGACGAGGUGGAGGGCGAGCCGGAGCAGCUGAGGGUGAUUUCCGUGGUGGGGUUCGGCGGCCUGGGGAAGACCACCCUCGCGAGGGCGGUGUACGAGGACCCUCACGCCGUGGAGAAAUUCCAUUGCCGUGCUUGGGUUGCCGCCGGUCGGUGGUCGCCGGAGGUCACCGGCGACGGGGUCACUGAGAUCCUGCGCGAUGUACUCCAGCAAGUUCGCCCCAAAGACGCCAUGGAUGUUGUUGUUGCUGAUGAUGGCCAACGUAUUGAAGCCUUGCUCAAGGAAUACCUCACGGAUAAGAGGUAUUUAAUUGUCAUAGAUGACAUUGGGAGGGAGCAAUGGAGCACUAUAAAUUCCAUCUUUGAAAACAAUAGCAAAAGCAGCAGAAUCCUACUGACCACAACUAUUCAGUCAACAGCUAAUAUCUGCAGCCAUGGCAACGGUUAUGUGUACCAAAUGAACACACUUGGUGAAGAGGACUCCAAGAAAAUUGCUCUUCAGGAGGUACGGUCACCUGAGCUGGAGCAGGGGUCCAUGACGCUGCUGCAGAAAUGUGGUGGUCUUCCACUUGCUCUCGUCAGUGUCUCCGAUUUCCUGAAAUGCUCAGGUGAGCCUACGGGGGAGCGAUGCGCAGAGCUAUGCCGUAACCUGGGUUCUCAUCUGAGAGAGAAGUAUGGCCAUGACAAUUUCGCGGAGCUAAGAAAGGUGCUGAUGCAUAACUAUGACAGUUUGUCUGUGCAUGCUAUGACCUGCUUGCUAUAUCUUGGUGUAUUCCCAAACAACCGUCCCCUCAAAAGGAAAGUUGUUAUCAGGAGGUGGUUAGCCGAAGGAUAUGCACGGAGUGAUUCUCUUCGUAGCGAGGACGACAUUGCGGACGAGACUUUCAAGGCACUUGUCGACCGGAAUAUCAUACAGUCCAUUGAUACAAGGAAUAAUGCGCAAGUGAAGACGUGCAUGACUCAUGGCAUCAUGCACGAGUUCGUGCUGCACAAGUCCGUGUCACAGGGGUUCAUCGCGACAUCGUCUCGUGAUCAUCCAAGACCCCAUGCCUAUGUUAAUAAUGCCUGCCACCUUUCUAUCCAUGGUGGCAAUGUGACAGAUAGUGAGGCCUCCGACGAGGAUUUAUCUCGUGUUCGGUCUCUGACAGUCUUUGGAAAAGCAGGUGAUGCUAUUUCUUAUGUUCGUAAGUGCAAACUGCUACGAGUCUUGGAUCUGGAAGAAUGCAAUGAUCUGGAAGAUAGUCACCUCAAACACAUAGGCAAGCUAUGGCAUCUAAAAUAUCUAAGUGUUGGGGGCAGUAUUGCGAAGCUUCCGAGCAGCAUCGAUGGACUGCAUUGCUUAGAGACCCUGGAUUUAAGGAGAACCAAGAUAAAGACAUUGCCCAUAGAGGCCAUUAUUCUGUACCACUUAGCUCAUCUGUUCGGAAAGUUUACAGUUGACAAAGAUGAUCUGAACAAUGCAAACAAGAUGAGCAAAGCAAUGAAGUUCUUGUCCGGAAACAAGAGCAACCUGAAAACUUUAGCUGGAUUUGUCGCAAAAGAGAUGCGAGGGCUUCUUCAACUGAUGGUUCACAUGAGAAAUCUGAGGAAGGUCAAGAUAUGGUGUGGGCCAGUUGCAAAUGGAAGUAACUACGCCAGUGAUCUUUCCAAGGCCAUUCAGGAAUUCACCAAGGUCCCCAUGGACAAUGUGGGUGCCCGUUCUCUAUCACUUGAUUCAGAAGAAUGUUCUCAAGACUUGCUGAGUUCGCUUGCUUUUGAGCCAUGCCCUGAAGAUUCCAAAUAUGAUGUAAGGUCACUGAAGCUACGUGGCAAGCUACUCCAGUUACCCCCAUUUGUUACCUUGCUGUCAGGUCUCACUGAACUGUGUAUUUCAUCAGCUACUCUGACACGGAAUCUUCUAUCGUCUCUGAUCAAUUUGAGAAACUUGCUUUAUCUCAAGUUGAUCGCAAGUGAGCUUGAGAAAUUUGAAAUGAAAUCAGGGGCAUUCCCAAGCCUGCGGCGUCUGUGCUUUGCAGUGCAAAGUUUCGCUUCAUCUCUGCCAGCAAUCGAACAAGGAGCUCUGCCGAACCUUGUCUCACUCCAUCUGCUCUGCCCAGGUCUAGUUGGUCUUUCCGGCAUCCAAAUCAGACACCUCAGACAUCUCAAGGAGGUCAUGGUUGACUCUGGAGUGCCUGAUCAAACACGACAAGACUGGGAGCAAGCAACAAAGAACCACCCAAAUAGGCCGAGACUCGUGUUGCACAAAAGUGGUGUUCGAGUGGAAACCGAAGGCCCGGGGAAUGAAGAAGCUUCGGCUGUGAGGGAGAAGCGGAAAAUAUGUGUAGUCCAACCAAGUUCGGAUGAGGGACUGGAUUCCAGUCUCAAGAAGAUGAGACUUUCAUCAGAUUCUUCUUCGCGGCUUCAAGUGAUUGUUCAGUCCACUUCCUCAUCUGGUCACUGAGGCAGAUGGCAGUGCUACUUCAGUGAAGCAAACUGCUACAGUGAUGAUUCAGUCUGGACACACAAAUCAGAAACAGAAUAGAUGAUGAGCUGCCGGUGUAUUGUGUGGUUUUCUAUUGUUACAAAGUUCACCAUGCUGCAAAUUGUAACAUAAUCUUUGUUUCCAUGUC